AUGACCGCGUGGCGCUCCGCGGCCUUCCUGGGCCUCUUCGGCGACCCGUACCUGCGCGCCACGCCGUACGAGGCCGGCGGAGACCCGCAGGCGCUCGUGGGCGCGCUCUCGGGUCUCACGCAGCUGCUGCAGCCGCAAUCGCAACCUUCAAACGCCGCUGACGAGGACCCCGUGACGUUCUCGCUCUCGGUGGAGCAGGAGCGCGUGCUGCAGACGACACUGCUGCCCCAGCUGGCGUCCUGCGCGCAGUGGGCCGAGAAAGGAGCCAAGGUGGAGGACGCCGUGCAGUUCCAGGCCUUUCUGGCCGAGUGGAAGGCCGAGCUGGCCAAGCUGCAGCCGGGCGAGCCCGUGCUCGUGCCCGGCGGCUACGUGGGUAAUACUACAAGCCACUCCAUCAUCUACGUGCUGGAGAAGACCGGCGACGCCGAGUACUCGUUCACAGUGUGCAACAAAGGCCCCGGCGCUGAGAUGUACCACCCCUGCAAGGUCGAGGGCAGCGCCGCCGACAAGAUCCGCGUGCAGCCCUGCAUCCAACUAGGCGGCAUCCCUGCUGUUCGGUUCCUGGACAUGGCCUUCUGGACGCUGCUGUUCUCGCUCUGGGUGCGCAAGCCCCCGUCCGAGUACCACCGCGCGGAGACGAUCUACGACGUGUUGCUGCCGUGGCUCGCAGGCGACAGGCUGCUGCCGCUGGCGAGUGAAGCCACGGAGCAGCGCGCUCCUACAGAUUGGACAAGCGCAGCUCUUGGGGGCGUACACACGGCGCAACGCAGCCAGCUCGGCUUCUGCAAGAGCGUGAUCGAGGCAAUACGGUAUCUGUGUCUCCGGAGCAAGGCCUUCACGAACGACGAGGUGGAGUACGCGAUUUUGUACAAGCUGCGCUACCGUCUCUUCCAGCAGGUCGUCAAGGGACUGGAAAUCGCUGAAAACCCGGCCAAGGGCGUCCCUGAAGGCACGCUGGACAAUGCGCUGCGCACGCUGUCGACCAUCUCGCUGCAAGAUUCUUUGCAAGGCACCCGCACAGUGGCAGAUAUCGAUCCGGAAGCUGUCGUCGGUAUUUAUUUUGCACAAUCGACGUCUGUAGCCUGCCGGAAACUGACCAAGCUACUGACGAUCUUGAGUGAGCGACUCCAUGCAGCCGGUGAGAAGUUCGCUAUCAUAGUGGUGUCGGUCGACCAAGAGCAGGCAGACUACACAGCGCUCGUGGAGAGCUUGCCUGGACACACGUGGCUGAUGGUGCCGUUUUCCGAAAUGGAGGCGCGGAAGCAACUCAUUCAGACGUUCGGAGUAAGGAAGGUGCCGCAGCUCAUCUUGCGUGGACCUGAUGGAGCUAUCUUGACGCCGUUGGGCAAGGAGCUUGUGCUGUCAGAUCCGACCGGCGAGUUUUAUCCGUGGACAGGCGAGGACUUCAACCUACCCAAGUCGACGCUAACCGUCUCGGAGAUCAAAUGCAUCGCCAUGGGUGUCAAGCAAAUUGGUUUGAAAACGCUAAAGCACCACGAGCGCAAGAAUAUUCAAGCUCUUGGUCUCAGUCACGUCAACAAACUGAUGAGCCAAACGGAACGCUUGAUAGAUUCUGUAGGGGUUACUCCUAGCUCCGAAGGCAAGAGUAAGCGCGAGACUGCUACACUGGAAGAGACGUUUCCGUUUGCACCUCACGCGAAUGCAGAGUUAUUGCAGCUUCAAGGAAAGGAGAGUGAAUAUGCGGGAAACGCCUCUGAGCUCGAAAUUCCUACCCUCAGUAAUUUCCUGGACGUACCAGAACGCGUCACAUCCAUCCCAUUGGCGGUAGCUGCGUUUGUUCGAUGUGAGGCACUGUGCGAGUCUCUUCUCAAGCGAGCCGCUGAGGGCUCGUCCUCUUCUCGAGUCUCGCUGCACCACGAAGUCAUCCAGCUUAUAACGAGUGUCCUGGUUGAGGUUUUACCAGUGCCGGAACCUAUUAGUGCCGAUGGAGUCGCAUCGUCUACUUGCAUGUGGCGGCAACCGGUUGCGAAGGACAUGCAGCUCCGGUGUCUGAACCAUCUUCAUUCACUGCUGAUGAUUUUGGGGUCGGUGUGGCAGUCAAUGGAACAACCAAGCCGUCAGUUUGACUCGGAACGCGCGCUUGCAGCUCUAUGUGUGCUGUGCAUCUUCGAUGCUUUAAUUCGUACGCCGGCAGCUGACGAACCACUUGAGAUUUCGUUGAUGAUGGAGGAAGAAGGCGGAUACGUACUUGCACACACGUUCUGCAAAGCCAACUUUUCAAUCCAGAAGAUGACGUCGGCAAUGGAGUUCGCUCGGCCAAACUUUUGUGUUAUCCGGGGCCAAGUGCUCGCGUAUUUCCACAGCCAGGACGCAAGGGGCAAGCGACAACUUUUUGACUAUCACAUGCCUGAGGACAAGAUUGAGGUGAAGAAGUACUCCACAACGCUUCUGUUUUUCCGCCAGCUGAUGGAGCGGUAUCACUACCAGCUAAUUGACCCAAACAAUCAGACUCCGCCAACUGAAAUGGAGGCACUUAUGGAGUGGUUUUGCAGCGAUACCACGCCCAUGGCAGAUGACCACCCGGAAGUGGGGUUGACUCGUGAUCUAGUCAUGGUGGUGAAAUUCCUGGCUACUAUGGAGACAAAGGAAGUCGAACUCAUGCGCCGCCGUACCGCGCACCAACAUUGGCAAAUGUGGCAGCUUUCGUUUGAUGAUUCAUCUGCGACUCACCGACGGAACUUUUUCGGAAUGCGCGGGCUCAAUCGAAUUUUGCACGCGACGUUGAAGUGGGAGGUGGUGAACUUUCGAGGGAGUGACCAAGAUAUCGCUGAUGUGGAGGUCGAAGGGUUCAUGGAGAGAAAGGUAUAUUUUGGUGAGGGGCCAAUUAUCACGAGUCCAUCGAACCUUGGAGCUUUACUUGUCAAAAGCUCGAGCAGUGCAUCAGCAGGAAGCCUGCCUACAGUGAUUACUGAAGAUGAUAUCAUGCACCUUACAGACCUGCCCACGUACAAUGGAACACUUUCUGCGGAGGAGUCGGAAUACCUCAUGAGCUACUUGACGGUCCCAUACACGCGGAUUCCACUUGUGGCGUCAUUCUUCUCCUCGCGGGACCGCGUAACGUAUUUGUUCAAUCCGAUGCUACAGCAGUUGUUCCGCGCUGUUUUGUUUGAGGGUGGAGACUGGGUCUCGGAUGAAAAGGCCGAAGAGAUCUCUCAUAUACCGCUGCGGAAGUCCAACCUUGUGAUGCACGAGGAAGCUAUUCAGCGAACUUUUGAUGCCCGCGUUCAUCACCAGAAGUGUGAAGACCACCUUGGUACCAUGAAUGGGUUGCUUCUGAAUGAGUUGAUCCAUGCACCAGAAGCAAUUGUAAUUCCGUUGUUGAAGAUGCUGGAUGCUGUGAAGGAGCUUGGCGAAGCAUCGGUGCAUUCGGCAGACGCUCGGUUCAUCCUGUUCAUGAUAAAGCUGGGCGUGGACGUCCUUCGUUACAUGACGUUUGCUCUCGAUCGGUGUAUUGCAGGAGACGACCGAGCUCGUGUCGAGAAGCUUGAAGGAUACCGGUCCCAGCUGAUGGCCUAUGUGUUUGGCUUCGCGCACACCACUCUGAAUAAGUGGAGACAAGAAGCGGAGGAGGCGAACAACCUUCAGACAGCGUGUGUAAUCCAUUCGUACCUUGCACAGCUUCAUGUGAGCCUGCGCCCUUCGGAAUACGACACUCAGAAAAUAUCUGAGCUGAUGGGAUCCAUAGCCUAUGUGCAUAAUUGGCAUUGCUUUGGUAUGAAGCUAUCUACGGACGGUGAAGACGAGAAGGGCGGGUUAUCCGCAGAAGAGCGGCUGCUUCGCUGGCUCCAGGCGCAAGGCAUUGAUACGGCGAACGUCGGCAAGAAAUCUCUCGAGAAGUACUUGAAGGGGCGACCUCUGUACUUGAAGGUUGGAAUGCAGACGAUUCAAGCCCCCAGUAUCGUUGCUCUACGUAACAACGAGGGAAAAGAGCUGCAACUUCCACCAGGUGACGUUCUCGAGGCGGAGAUCUUUGAGACAAUUCAGUUGCACCGCCGUUCAAUCGUGCAGUGGCUAGUAACUCUGCCAAAGACAAGUCGAAACGAGGUCCUGGGUGAUAUCGUGCGAAUUGCUCUGCGCUCAACCAAACAAACUGACUCGUGGGAAUGGAUCGAGGAGUCCGACGUCGGAGGUGCUGGAAAAUUCAGUUGCCGCCAGCAAGAGUUGAAGCUGGAUGCCCAAACAGGGGAGAUAUUGUGGAGAAAUGACGAACUCAAACCCGUUCAGGACUCGAUGACCCAGUAUGCAGAUUUUAUGGCAAUCUUUGGAAACAAAUCUCUCCAUUGCGGUCUGGUUGCGCGACAGGAACAUCGCCUAUGGGUGAAUAUUGUUGGCACUGAUUAUCAACUUGUCGAAUGGGAUGACCCUACGCAUGAAAUAGAUCAAGGUGUGGGCGCCCCGGUGGUAUAUGAACCUGGAACGGGUGGUGGUUCGGAUAACCCGGACGAAAAUCCUCAAGAGCUUAAAAUGUACUGGGAGUGUCCGGCCUGCACGUGUGCCAAUUUCAAUGGUGAUAACCCCAACGCCACUUGCGACGUAUGCGGUACACCUCGUAUUGCUCGUGCUCCACCUCAACAACAACAAGCAAGAGGGGCGGAAGAAAAGCCGAAGCUGCCUGGUGAUGAUGGAUUUCGUUAUCUUGGCAAGACGUUUUCGAGACCAUUUGAUAUUUAUUCGGAGCAGGAGCACCCUCAUGCUGAGGAACAAUGGUUUGUGGAUUUGGUUGGCAACGCGCUUCGCCUCAUGUACCCUCCCGUCCCCGACGACAAAAAGUUGCCGUACAUGUUGUUCCUACCAUGCGACCCGUUGCCAGCUAAUGCUACCCAUGUGCGCAUCAUCGGACUGGACCGAGGUUCCGACGAUAAAGACAAGGAGAAGAUUGCGACCUUCAAGGAAAUUGUGGCGUACCGAACGAUGCAAGUGAUGCAUAUGUAUGCACUUGUCUCUCACGGACGUAGACUCUAUCGCAAGCUUAUCUUCACGUCGAACUCGCGUCUAAGCCUUCACAGCUUCCCUCUGAAUAUCUCUCCGGACCAAGGCCCUGUGGAUCCGGCUUUGCUUCGUGCUAGUGGCGAACCUACUGAGCGUCAAGCGCUUGGUGGGUCUCUAGUCAUUUUGCGCAAAAACCAUUUGCUCAAUGGCACUGAGCAGUUUGUCCCCCCACGCCUCCUGCAAGGUGUUGUUCCAAGCUGCUUAUUGGAGAAUUUCCGCUUCUGGAUCGGUGAAGAUGGACGUCUUCGAGGCGAACCCGUGGACUCAAAGUCGCAGUGGUUCCGUUAUCGCGUUGAGAUCGAAAUGAAGGAGAACGGACAGGCCUUUAUCAGUCGAAAGUCUAUCAUGACUUCAUUUUCUCGGAUCCAUCAGAAAGAAAGUUCUGCAACGAAUAGCCAAAUGCAGCCGCCACCGGCACCUGUUCGAGUUCCCGGGCGAUCUGCAACAGAAUCCGCACGCACUCCUGCGUACCCGUCGCCCGAUUCGAUUGAAAUCAGCGACGACGAUGUGGUUCAACUUAUGGCUAUGGGAUUUUCGUACGCUGGAUGUGGUCUCGCGCUGCGCGAAAACCGGAACAACGUGGGUUUAGCAGCACAAUGGCUUCUUGACGAAAAUAAUCAGAUGAAGAUCCUUGGGGCGGAAGAAGCAGCCGCAUCAGGUGAAGUUGCUCUUAGCCCUGAAGAGCAGCACGAACAAAAUAUCGGGCUGCUGAUGAGCUUGGAGGAUUCCCCGUCGCGGAUUGCUGUUGAGUAUGCACUCGGACUUUUCGGUAAGGAUUUGGAGCUGGCAAAAGCAUGGCUGGAGGAUCCUGCUAAUCGCGCAGAAAUCAAACGGGUUGAAGGUGCGAGAAGUGAUGACACGGAGCCAAGCGUGUCUACGGAUGAAGCUCCUACACCCAUGGACGUUGAUCAGGAAACCAAGGACGAAAUGGAUGAUGACGAAGCGCUUGAACUUGUUGAGGAAACUGUUGGAGAGACGCUUUACCUGUUGAGCCUGCUCGAAGCCAGUUCUGCGGCAAGUGACGAGGUUGUUGCGCUAUCCGAAUUGCUCAGUCGGGUAGAAGACCUAUCGCAUAUUCUGGUUUGGUGCACCAGCAAGGACGAGGAAGGCGCGCCUAGGGGGCUGUCCUCAGUUGCUUUCCUUGAGCUUCCGCGAUUGAAAUUAAAGCUUCAGCCGGCAAAGGACCCAUUGUCAGGACGUGUCCGCCUGAACGUGAUGGAUCAGAAUGACUGGUUUGUGAGUGAUUUAACGGUUGCAAUGCCUGAAGAUACCUCCAGAUACCUCCGAGGCCUCGUCGAGAUUGCACCAGACUGCUUUGUGUUGGAGUCGGAUACUACGGACCUGAAGCUUAUCUGUCCCAAUCACGACGUGUACCGCCCUGCAAUACGUGGAGAACCGUUUUCCUCGAUUCUUGUUAGCGACCGUGGGUCCGUGGGAUGGCAGCAGGCAAUGGAGACGCGAUUCUAUACGUAUCCUGUGCAUUCAAGCAACACCUUCCUGCUCCCAUCAUCUCUCAGCUCUACGCUGUACCUGAUUCUUACAAGUCUGCUUACUCGGAAUUACGCAGCAGCGAUGGAGCUUAUCCUGGGGUGCAAUGUGGACGUGAAAUUUACCGACGAAGAGAAGCGCGUCUUCGAUCAACUGGCCAAAACGCUGGACGACCGCCACCCAAAUGCAUGCGCAUGUCGUAUUCGACUCUCACUUGGCAUUGCCUAUAGCGACAAUAAGGCACCGUGGAAGCUGAGCGGUGAACUGCAUGACUACCUGACCACGAGUGGCCACGUUGAUGCUUCUUGCAAAUUGACUCUCGAAGAAGAGAAGGAAGCCCUUGCGCAUUGUCAUCAACGAUCCCCUCUUCUGUUGCUGCGCAAGGAGUUCUGCGAUAAUAUGAAGGCAGACAGGGACGGCACUAUUGAUUUUAAGCUUUCUCGAUCACGUGUUGGUGGCCAACCGUGGAUGAAGCUCUGCUUGUACAGCAAAGGCUACCUUGCGGCGCACGGCAAAAAGCUCUCGACAGUGCGGUACAACCGGCCGAAGCAUGGAGUCGGUAUCGAUAACAAGUUUUUGAUUGACGACGAGGAGGCUGGAAAGCUGGUGUGGAAUUGCGCGGUUGUCGGUGACGAGAUUAGCGGAACAAACCGUGGCCUGGGCUUUCUGUUCUUGUAUGAGUGUCUCAACCAGCAGCUUAUCGUUCGAAUGGGCGGCGAAGACUGCACACGGUCUUUUGGAGACUUGUUCGCUCGCUUCUUGCACCUGAAGUUGUCGAGGUGGGGUCGUGAAACCGUGGAUGAUGGCGAAGAAGAAUGCGCACCCUCGUACGCAAUGGCACAAUUGGCGAUGGUGAUUGCCCAUCCAAGUGGAGGGUGGCCCUCAUCUCCGUGCGAUCAAGAAAGUGUACACAUGCUUUCUCGUGGUGCAAAUUUGUAUUCGAAGAUGACUGUGGGGACAAUGCUAAAACACUUUUUCGACUUCGGUGAGAUGGAAUUUCAAUCUAAGCUGGAGUCGGAGGACCACCAGACCCGCGUAAUCGCCCCAAUCAAGACGCAGUUUGGCCAGUUGCACCAGACUGCCGAGCAUGUGUUUAAGAUAUCGAUCGCCCCCACGGACGAGUCGAAAAACUUCGAUGCUUCAAACGCAUCCUGUGGUGACCGGCUUUUUGUGGGCGCCAAGAGCAGCCCCAUUAAUCCUGAAUUCCCGCUGGAAGCGAUUGACGUUAAACGUUUCAUUACCUUCUGUGAUCCAGAAGCGGAAGUGGGGGUAGCUCUACCCUUCGACCUCUCCAAGCACCCGGUAGCACAAACUGCAGCAGCAAAAGAUUUGCUCAAGAGACUUGGAGACGACAUUGCGAUCAACGCGCAAGCUGUAAACGGAAGCAAGGAUGCUUAUAUCACGGGCGUGACGCCGAUGAAUUUAUCCUCGCCCAUCGAAGAUAAUUCACCCAGCUCGGCUGUCGAAAGUCUCAAGAUGUUGAUUCUCCUGUGUGAAAAGAUGAGAACAAGUGAUCGUAAGAUGGUUGAAAAAGGGAUUGCGAUGCUUGAGAUGCUGCUAAACGAGAUCCGCGGUGACAUUCAUGGAGAUGCAGAAAAGGCUGUCGCAGCCGACCGCUUUGUGAUGCAGCGGCACGUUGGUUUAUACCCUCGAGUGUCCUUUGACUUCCUCACAUCUCUUCUGGCAUCAGAUCGCUUUGAGGCGGAUCUAAAGACCAGAAACCCGUUUGUGGUGAACGUGACAGCGGAUCUUGUGGAGAAAAUUCUGCUUGUGCUCUUCCUCUGCAGUCGGAUAGUUCAUAUUAAUCGAACUGUUCAGGCAGCGCGUGCUCUUGUCAAGCAUUUGAAUGGGCUUGCUAGUUCUCAAAGCGCAGAUGACAAGAGUAGCAGAGUGAAGAUGACGCGUCAGGCAUCUCGAGACUUGGCCGACAUGCUACUAUCGAAGCGAUACUACCUUCGUGGCCCAACUGAGGGUGGUUCAACGGGGUGGAAGUUUGACCCUCGGUUCUUGGUGUUUGAGUAUGUGUUCGACAUCUUGUUGCGUGGCCGACAAGUUCAGAUGAUCGACAGCUUUUUGACGAGUCUGGAGAAGGGAAAUUCCCGAGUUCAGCAAAUGAUCAUGGGAGCUGGUAAAACGACGGUGGUGGGGCCUUUGCUAACGUACAUUCUCGCCGACAAGGAGCAUCUCGUGACUCAUGUUAUGCCAACAGCACUUCUGGAGCAGUCUCGGCAGGUGCUUCGAAGCCGCUUCAGUAAUCGCGUGUUGCGCAAGCGUAUCUUCACGUUCGAGUUUGACCGUGCAAUAAGUGACGAUCCGGCGGCUGCAUUGCAGAUGUAUACAAAGCUGGACCGCGCUCGGCGUCACGGCGAUGUGGUAUGCGCGUCUCCUGAGUCGAUUAAAUCGAUGAUGUUGAAACUCGUCGAGCUGUUGCAUUCUCUGGACGAGUCUUCUGAUAUCAUCGAGCUCCCGCUGACUUCAGCUUCACAAAAUAUCAGGCGUUUGAGGCGCGUGCUUGAGGACCGCUCGGAAAUGGCAGACGAACUACACAAGACGCUCAGACUCUGGCAGAGUGGCAUCUUGAUCAUGGAUGAGGUGGACGUUUUGUUGCACCCGCUGCGUUCAGAGCUCAACUUCCCGAUCGGCAACAAGUUCCCUAUUGACCUUGCUGCGAACCGCUGGGAAUUGCCCAUUUAUUUGAUUGACGCUGUUCUUGCAUCACCAGACACGUCUACCGACCCUUAUGGGCUGAUUCCACGGCUGCACGCUGUUUUGGACGAGGGAUAUGCUGCUCACACGCUACAGCGCUUCCCGCACCUGGUGCUGCUGGACAUGGAAUUUUACGAGACACGCAUGCUACCGCUGCUUUCGGAAAUCGCAAUUGAAUGGUUGAUGAAGUUGUUCCGUAUGGGGAAGAUAGAGGUAUCCGUUGAUCGGAUAAAGUACUAUUUGGAAUGCCCUCGCACCGAGCUUCAUACGGAUGCUGCACUACGUGCUAAUAUUGAGAACGGGCUGUCUGAAUCAUCUAUCAAGCUGCUCAACCUUGCGCGCGAUUGGUUGCGGACAAUCCUUCCUCACGUGCUUUCUAAGAUCAAUCGUGUGUCCUAUGGACUCCUAAGAGGAGAACACCAAGCGGCUGCUGCGUCAGGGAAUAGUGGUGGCAACGCCCAUUCUCGGCUGAUGCUGGCCGUGCCAUUCAUCGGAAAAGAUGUGCCAAGUCGAUCUUCAGAAUUUGCACACCCUGACGUGUUGAUCGGACUGACCAUUUUGGCCUAUCGCUACGAGGGUAUUCGUGUUUCCGACCUCGUGCGUAUCGUAUCGCAACUAAAGCAAGACUUCAGUCGUCAGCUGGGACCACGUGACCAGCGUCCAGCUUGUGCCAUGUUCAGGGAGUGGGUCCGUACUGGUCUAGCUGCGCUGUCGUCGGACAAGCAGGAGGCGUCUGGUGGUGUUCUUCCUCUGCCUCUGUUCCAGCUUCGUGACUCGGCCCAGGUAGCGCGGCUGCACUUCCUCGUAGCCAAGCUUGCUGGUGUGGUUUACUACUAUGUCCGGCAACACGUCUUCCCGUCAUGCAUGAAUUUCCAGAAGCUUAAGAUUUCGGCGUGUGGUCACGAACUCGGCAGUAACUCUCUGUUCGCUAAGCGCAUUGGUUUUUCGGGAACGCCGUCGAACUUGUUACCGAUGGACCUGGGAGAAUGCUAUUACGAACCGCGCAGCGACGGCAGCAUUUUUGAAGCAUUGACCAACAAACGCAUUGUGUCGAUCGAGCGCAAGGUCGAGUGGACUGCAAGGAGCUUACUCUUGGAUAUUGCGCAUGCCCAGCCCCCAGUGCACGCGCUCAUUGACACGGGUGCACUGAUCACCGGCUUUGACAACCAAGAGGUAGCUGCUUUUCUGCUGGCGGAGCUACCACCUGAAAUGGAAGGAGUGGUGUAUUUGGAUGAGGACGAUCGACAAAUGAUCCUGCUGCGUGACCACAACGCCCCCAUGCCGUUGGUACAGUGUGGCCUGAGCCCAAGCAAGAGGUUUACAUUCUAUGAUCAAGUUCACACGACUGGCAUGGACAUCAAACAAUGCGUUAACGCGCGAGCUGUUGUCACGCUUGGCAAGGAUAUGACAUUCCGCGAUUACGCUCAGGGGGCCUACCGCAUGCGCGGAAUCGCUACAGGCCAGUCAAUUUGCCUCUUCCUCAUUCCAGAAGUUGAGAACCGCAUCCGCCACGAGAUGAAGCUUGCGCACGUCGAGUUGAGCACACAGGCUUCAGCGCAGCAACGUUUGGAUGAGUUUCUGCUGCUGGUGCCAGCGUGGCUUCUCAUUAACUCGAUGCGAAUGGAGUCAAUGCAGCUUGUCCAGCUAUCGUUGCAAGAACUGCACAAUACCUGGCGCAGGCGUGCACUUCACUCGUUACUAAACGAAAUUGCUGCAGCUACAGCGAAGGAAGCCUCGUUGUCAUCAAGGCUGCGCCGAUUUAUUGGCCGUGAGGAUGACAGCGCCAAGGCUUGGCUACGCAAAUGCAUCUCAAUAUUCCGUGUGGAGAUCUCCUACAACGUGGACGCAGUCGUACCAACAAAGAAGCAACUGUCCGAUGUUAUCGGGAAGUUAGUUGAAAGCCACGAAGACUUCCUGAAGACGAACGAAGAAACUACGCGCGUGACUGCUGUAAAGCAACGAUUGGCGCACUCAUCGGGAAGUCAGCAACAAAUGCUAGCGGAGGACGGUUCAGAGCAAGGCGAUCUGCGCCUCACGGCUGAGGUUGUUCACGAGAACGAGGCUGAAGCUGAGGAAGAAGCUGAAGAGGAGGCGGAGCAAGAGGAGCAGAAGAUGAGUGCUUUCACGCGUGAUGACGAGCAUCCGAUUCCGUGGAGUGCGACCGUUCUAGCCCAGCCACCUGCUGGAGCUGCUACAUCCGAUGGCGACGAAGAGAUGAAGACUGCUGUGGAACUGCAGCAGGAAGAAGAGGCAAACGUGUUCUACCCGUUCUCACAGUUCCAAGCUCAUGCAGAGUGUCCGAAGAUUGCGUUCCCAUCGGAGUUGCUUAUGUCUGGAAACUUUUUCAGACGCCGUUGGGUGGGUCUUGGCGAGCGGCGCGUUAAGAACGUUGGGCUAAUUCUCGAGUGGUCUCCACUACUCCACCAAGAAGCCAUGAAGACGGUUGUCCAGCAGCUCUUCAUGGCCAUCAUGACUGCUGAAGGUGGUGGCAGUGCAAACGAAAUCGCGGUGAAGGCCCUUCAGGCAGCAGCUGAGAUGACUACGACGAGUCCCGAUGCGGUCUCUACUGCAGUGAAAGAUGCCGUGGCAGUCACGACGAGCAAGAUUCCCGUGUAUCUGGCAACGCUGUCGCUUGCUGAAGGCGAGACGAUCCGUCGCAUGAUCCACAAGAAGCACCCUGUGUUCCAGGUCAGCCAAGUGCAGUUGCGUACCAGCGAGGGUGAACUCGUCGAGAGCUCAUCUUUCUUCUCGGCAUGGGCGCCAAAAUCUACCGUGACUACGCUGAGUGAGAUGGCGCCGCGUGAGCGGACGAUCGCCGUUAGCGUGCAGUGUCUGCGCUUUUUCAACAACGAAAUGUACUACUUCCCGCAGGAGCUUGAGCUGCUGCUGGAGGGUCUGGCCACUGUCCCCAUCUCACUGCGCCACGAGUUCUUCGAGUGUCUGCUUCGCCUGCGACGCCGUGAGCGUCAUCUGUGGGGCGACACGCCGCUGGCCAAGGUGUUCACCGCGCAGAGCGAGUGGCACCUGCUCACCGCGCGAGCGCGUCUCCAGCAAUUCCAGCAGAGUCUGUUGCGGAAGCAGCGACAGUACCAGAAGAAGAAGGAGAAGGGCAAGGACCCCAAGCCGACGAUGGCUGCGCUCCACCUGGCGGUGGCGCUGCGGCGCUUUGACGAAGACGAAGACAGUCGACUGAGCGCCGAAGAGGUCCACAAGUGCUUCGAGAGCUUCCAGCUCGGCUUCUCGUCCAAGGAGCUGAACGAGAUCAUCGGCCUCAUCGCGGACGCGCGCUUCACGGACGGCGAGAAGGGCCACGAGCAGGGCAUUCCGAUGGAGACGAUCUGCGCGGCCUUCGGCAUCUCCCGCGACGAGAUGAAGAGCGCGCUUCUGCGUGACGACCAAGAGAGUGCGCGGGCAGCUGCGGGGCUAGGAGCUGAGGCGUCUUGGGCUUGCGCCGUGUGCACGUACGUGAACGACGGCACUGCAGACGCGUGCGGAGCCUGCAACGAGCCGAACCCGAAGCAACAGGACGAGACACUGCAAAGUCAGCAGCAGCAACAGGGAUGGCGCUGCGGCAACUGCACCUUCAUCAACCAGCCCGACGACGUGUGCUGCGCCAUCUGCGAGCUCGACAUGGACGGCCAGCGCGGCGUGCCCCGCGGCAAGUGGGUCUGCGCCGGCGAGCAGGGCGGCUGCACGUUCUUCAACUCGAUGGCCAACUUCUACUGCGAGGUGUGCAACCGCGCGCGGCCCGACCUGGCGUCCACGCGCUUCUGA